CUCAUCCCUCAGCAACACCUUGGGAGGGGAAGAUGAUACCCAAUCAAAGACAGAGCGAGAAGACAAGAAAGAGGAAAUAACAUUUACGCACCGUCUCUGUCUGGGUAGUUGUUUUAGUAACAAAACAGCAGCCUUAGCUUUUUACGAAGCUUAAAAAGACAGUUAGCUAUGCAUCUAUCCUAGCCUAGCUUAUUCAGUUCAAUAUUUGUGCUCUGACUGAUACAACUGAGUAUAUAAACCAGAAUGGCUCAGUGGGAAAGACUGAGGCAGCUCUCUCCUACCUACUGGCAACAGCUUCAUGAGCUUUACGACAGGGAUGGGUUGCCUAUGGAGGUGCGCCAUUACCUUUCGGCCUGGAUUGAGAAGCAGGAAUGGCAACGAGCAGCAAGGGACUAUGGCCUUGCAAUGGUGCUGUACCAGGUCUUGUUGGAGCAUCUGGAUAUCCAACACAGCCGCUUUGUCCAUGACAUGUCAUUCUUACAACAGCACCACAUCAGACGCUAUAAACAGAGCUUCCAGAUGUAUCAGGAUGAGCCCUGCGCUUUGGCAAGCACAAUCCUGUGGUUUUUAGAAAAGGAGAAGGAAAUCCUGAACAGUGCUGAGAUGGAAAAAAAGUUGGAACUUUUGCAUGUUGAGCAGGAAGCCAUGGAGACGAGUUGUCAACAGGAGCUUGAACGUAAAAUGGCUGGAUUAAGGAAUGAUGUUCAGUGUUUGGAACAUGAAAUUGUCUGUCUGGAGGAGCAGCAAGAUGAGUUUGAUUUUAAAUACCAAACCCACAAGAUGGAAGCUGUGACAGAUGAGGCGCAGAAGAAUGAACGGAUGAAGCUGUUUCAGUCACUAAUCAACAAACUGAAUGAAUGUAGAAAGAGCACCCUAGCAGACCUGAAGAAACUUCUAGACCGAGCUGAAGCUCUGAUCAACCUGUUGGUGCGGGGGGAGCUGGUGGAUUGGCAGAGGAGGCAGCAGAAAUCCUGCAUCGGUGCUCCAGACAAUGUUUCCCUCGAUCAACUGGAAAAGUGGUUCACCUGUGUGGCAGACAGUCUUUUUCAGGUGAGGGAGUUUCUCAAUAAACUUGAGGAGCUAGUGGGGAAAAUGACCUAUGAAAACGACCCAAUUAAGGCCCAGAAACCUGCCCUACAGAAGAGAACAGAUGCUCUUCUUAAAGACUUACUCAAGAGUUCGUUUGUGGUUGAGACUCAGCCAUCCAUGCCUCAGGGAAAAGGCCCCCUGGUUCUGCGUACUAAUGUCCAGUUUUCUGUCAAAACAAGACUUCUGGUUAAGUUUCCUGAGCUGAACCACUCCAUGAAAGUGAACGUAUCCAUGUCCAGGGAGGCUCCUCAAAUCAAAGGAUACCGGCGCUUUAAUGUUCUUGGAACCUCCACUAAAGAUCUGAAUAUGGCUGAGAGCCUCAGCGGAGGCAUGGUUGCAGAUUUCAGACAUCUGACUCUGAAGGAGCAGAAAUCUGGAGGAAGUGGAAAAGGGAUUAGCGACAUUUCCCUGAGUGUUACAGAGGAGCUCCACAUCAUCUACUUCAACACUGUGUUUGAGCUGAAAGGCUUUUCAGUAGAGCUGCAGGCGUCAUCCCUUCCUGUGGUCAUUAUCUCAAACUCCAGCCAGCAGCAAAGUGCCUGGGCGUCUAUCCUCUGGUUUAACAUGCUUAGCCAGGAUUCAAAGGAUGUAAUGUUUUUCGCCAACGUUCCUUCAGCUCCUUGGCCACAGUUUGGAGAGAUGUUGAGCUGGCAGUUUCUCUCAGCUACAAAACGUGGUCUGGAUGAUGAUCAGCGCAACAUGAUUGCAUACAAGCUAUUUGGAUGGCAGCAAAACUAUGACAACUGCAAAGUGACAUGGUCAAAAUUUACAAAGGAUAACUUUCCUGAAACUUUCUGGGUGUGGUUUGAUGGCAUCCUGGUGAUGGUGAAAACCUACCUAGAGAACCUCUGGAGGGAAGGUCUUAUCAUGGGUUUUGUGAGCAAAGGUAAAGAAAAGUCCCUCCUGAAAAAGAAGAAAAAGGGCACGUUCUUGUUGCGCUUCAGCGAAAGUGUGGUCGGAGGAAUCACCUUCUCCUGGGUGGACAUAGACUCAUAUGGUGAGCCUGACAUAAAGACAGUCCAGCCCUUCACCAAAGUGGAUCUCUGUCAGAUCCAAUUCCACGAAAUUCUCAGAAAUUUCCAGAUCUUAGAAGAUGAAAACGUCCCAGAAAACCCUCUGCGGUUCCUUUAUCCAGACACCCCAAAAGAUGAGGCUUUUGGGAAGUGGUACUCUGAGAACACUGGAGAUGAAAAUCCUUACAUGAAGUACAUCAAAACCAAGCUGAUGUUUGUCUCUAAAGAGAAAACUCUGGACCCUAGGUCACCCAUGUCCUGUGACAUGACACAGGGUGAAGGCCUGGAGCCAGUGAAUGGCCCGUAUGGGGAGGCAGCUGAACAAGACGAUGAGCCUGAUCUUCUGCAGUCACAACUGGAAGCCUUUCAGGAUCCCAUGCUGAGCGGCUCUCUUGAACCCCCUGAUGAAGAUCUCCUGUGGAACAUCGACGACCCUAUCCCAACUGACUACGACUUCACACACCCCGACUUGCUGACAGAUUUGAGCUUUUCAGCACUUAACUUCCCACCCGCACAAGCCUGUGGAGGCAAUUUACAAUAGGUCUGUGCAGGCCUAUUAUACCAUCUGGCAAAUAAUCCAUUGACUAACUCUUAGUUGCUUGCAUCAAAAAAACUCAUGUAUACAAAUGUGAUGCAGGUAAACUAAUGAAUACAACUAUAACAGCUUGUUUAGUUUCCUAUCAUGUGAAUGAGCCACCUUCAAUCUGCUUCACUCAUGUAUAAUAUAAACCACACUUCAAUGACCGAAGAAGCUGAUUCAAAUGCACUGCCAGCCUGGAAUUUUGGAACCCCAGUACUUUUAGAUCAUAGACAGAACUAAUAUUGAAAUAAAACUGACCACGGUGGGAAAAAUUGUAUGAAGCACUUUACACCGUCUUGGCAAAGCGGCACUUGAGUUAUUAUCUUGUUUGGGAUCAAGCUUUUGCUAAAUAAUUUAAAUGUUUUGAGCUGGAAGCAAAACAGACCCUGUGAAGACUUUUCCUUGUGACACUCCUCUAAUAAUUUAAUAUUUUUUCAAUUCUGUAAAACUGAUAAAGAUUUCCCAUUUUCCCUGUUUUCUUUUUUUUUGUUCAAAGCUUGGCUUGUCCUUUCUGUCUCUUUCUAUUUAAGCCCAGUCCAUUAUUAUUUUGAGCUUUAUUUUUGUACAUAGGUUUUUCUGUUCUUGCACUUUCACAAAGAUGGUCAUUUCUGGUAAAAUGUAUGCGUUUGACUUUAUUUAACCUUAUCCAUCUCGAUUUGUGUAUCUCUUGUGAAUUAUUUCUAAUUUAAUAUCUUUUUCAAACUUGAGUCCAAUUGGCUUACCCCCCUGUUAAUUCAUAAUUCUUUUGCUGUUUUUGUUCAUCUAAUUUAAUGUAAUAAACCCUGUUUGAUGGAUUAUUU